GUUUCACGACCACUUUAAGAAUAACAUCAUGGGAAGUGUCUCAGUUAACGUCCCUCAGUUCUCACUUCCCACUGUGGAGGAUGUUUCACGGGUCAGCAUGCUGAAUGUGCGCUCAGAAGAAGCAGAGGAGUCCGCUUCACAUCCACACGGGAAAAGGAAGAGCAUCCGUUUGCCCGAUGAGUGCCGAAACGUUUUCAUCACUUACUCUUCCGACGUGUCCUCAGAGAUGGUCCCCUUUGUGGAUUUCCUCACAAAGCAAGGUUUUCGACCGGCUAUUGACUUAUAUGACAGCUCCAUUAGAUGUAUGGACGUCAACAAGUGGACAGACAGUUACCUUAAAGAUCCGUUAACCCUUAUUAUUAUCGCCAUCAGUCCAAAGUACAAGGAGGAUAUUGAAGGACCUGCAGUUGACAGCCAUGGUCUACACACCAGAUAUAUCCACUCAAUGAUGCAGAAUGAGUUCAUCCAGCAGGGGAGCUUAAAUUUUAGAUUCAUCCCGGUUCUCUUCCUUUGUGCAUCCCAGAAACAUGUCCCAAGCUGGCUCCAGAAUACUCGCGUGUACUGCUGGCCGCAGGACACUGAUGAUUUGUUACUGCGACUGCUGAGGGAGGAGAGAUACGUGGCUCCUCCUGUACCUGUGGAGCUCAGCCUAUUCAUCAGGCCUGUUACCAUGAGCGACGCAGCUACACUGUAAACAAACAAACUGGUGUUCGGGCAUGUGUCUGGGUUUAAUGUUUCUGCUUUAAAAGCUAUAUUUUGCAAUAAGUUUAUUUUACAA